CCCCCAAAUCAAUUCCGGUUUAUUUUCAGAUCUCUGAGCUCCAACCCAUCGAUUCUCACAGACCCCAUCAUCAUCGGUUCUUCCUUCCCGUCAAUUCAAUGGCUGCUUCUCCCAAUAGAGACCCCCAAAAACAAACGGAUGAAGAUGAUCCGAAUGAAAUCGAAACCCUAAAAACUUCCCUCCUUAAAAAGCAACUAGUUCAAUUGGAAAAGCUCGAAGAGGUAGUUGAAAACCUCAAGCAGCUCGUUGCUAAGCUAGAGUCUCGAUUUACUGAUUGCGCAAAGACAAUCGAUGUUUCGACAUCGAUUGAUGAGAUUAAGGAUAGGAUUUCGGAAGACGAUGGUAAAUUGCGUGGCGGUAGUGAUGAAUUAGAUAAGAGAGGAGUUGAAACUGUGUUAGUUACGAAAUACAAUACGUUUUGGUCUGAGAGAUUUCAAUUUGUAUCUGCUGUGAAAUUGAGUUCGAUCCCGACGUGUAUUAGCGUUUUACCUUAUCGAGAUUUUGAUGGUUCGACUAAGUAUUUUGCCGUCGGAGAUGAUAAGGGGAAGCUGUAUGUGUUUUUGAGGAGCGGCGACGUCGCCGGAGAAUUCGAUUCCUUCUCGCCGCCGGCGGAAGAUCGGUCGGAGGUCACUUCGAUUCUGUCGUAUUUAUCGGCGUACAAAAAUGAGAGCGUCGUCAUUGCCGGACACGGUAACGGCGUCGUGGCGAUGCACCGCGCGUGGGAGGUGUCGAGCGGCGACGAAUGGAGCUCGUUGCACGUCGAAAAAAUUCGCACAUUUGCGUUCCCGGAAUCAUCAUCGUCGAAAACGUCAUCGUCGUCGAGAAUUAAGUUGCUAGAAGUGCAUUAUGUAGGUAGGAGGAGGUACAUUUUCGCGACGAAUGACGACGGGGAAAUCAUCGUUUUCCGGGAGGACGGGACGGUGCACGGCGUUGUUGCGCCGAAUCGGCGUCCCGUUGCGUUUAUGAAGCAACGGCUUUUGUUUCUAACGGAGAACGGCGCGGGUUCGUUGGAUUUGCGGAGUAUGAAGUUGAAGGAAUCAGAAUGCGAGGGAUGGAACGGUUCUUCCGCAACGAGCUUCGUUUUCGACGCGAUGGAUCGGUCGAAGGCGUACGGGAUAACGCCAGACGGCGAUUUGGUGCAGGCGUUUUUGUUGGGUGAUACGAUGAAUUUCAUGUGCCGGGUUCGGUCGAAACGGAGGCUCGACAUGUUCGAGCCUCGUGUUUUACAGGCGAUAAAAGGGUAUUUGCUGAUCGCGGAUUCGGAGAAGGUCUCCGUUUACAAUAUCUCGUCGCAGCAGUACGUUCGGGCGGGCGGGUUACGGCUGAUGUUCACGGCGGGACUCGACGAGAUCGCCGCGACGUUUCUGAACCCGCAGCAGGUUUCCGAUCCGACGAGAACGGGAAUGCCGUUGAUCGCGAGCGACCACGAGAAGCACGUUCUCGUCGGGUUCGGGAACGGGUACGUCGCGAUGUACCGUUCGAACCUCCCGGCGUUGAAAAACGAGUUCAAUAGCAUCCUCUGGUCGAGCCCGGUGCUGUUCUUCGUCAUUUUUCUUUUCGCGGCAUGGCACUUCUUUUCGAACAAGAAAGACGCGCUCACGUCGUGGGGUCCUGACGUGCCGUUCAGCUCGGCGCCCGUUUCGAACGGUGCUCCGUUGGGCGGCGACAGGUCGUCGUCGUCGUUCGUCGAUUCGACGAGGAACCCGGAAAUUAUGGAGCUUAGAGGCGGGAACGGUUUGAGAGGGCCGUCGAGGUUUUCGUCGUCGCCUCCGCGAUAUCAACCCGGCGCGGCAAAUUCGUUUGUGUCGGGUAGCGACGUCGAUUCGAGAGGCGGCGGUGUCGACUCCCGAUUUCGGGCGGGAUCGGAGAUGAAGUUCCGGGGCGGGAACGUGGAUGGUUCCGGGGUGUCGAAAAGAAAGGAGAGUAUGUUUGGGAGCGGUCAAGUUGCCGACGAUCACGGAGGCAAUUGAUGGCCGGCCGGCGGCGGUGGUUCGCCGGGAGGAGGAAUCUCGGGCAAUGAAUGAAAUGAUCUAUGCCACGGCAUGGAAGGGGAAGUUGAGUUUAACCUUUGUAUAUGUACUAUGUACUUAGUAUAAAAUGUGUUUGUUGUGAACUUUAGUUGUGACGAUGAAUAAUAAGAAGAGGAACACACAUUUCACAUUUACUAAUUUUUGUACUCGUCUUGCCGAAUUCAAAUUCAAAG